CUCUGUAAUUUACAAUCGGGAAAGUUGUAAUCAACACUCACUGACGAUUGAUGAACUUACCCAUCAACAUGAUUUUGAUGCUGUAGAGGUGAUAUUAUUCUUCGCAAAUCAUCUAAUUUCAAUCUCGUGGAGGAUCGAAACUAGGGUUAACCUCUCCUGACCAAUGCGGUGGCUGCUGCAGCGAACGGUUAGUUUCUCCACUAAUUUCUCCAAAUUCAGACACGGGUUUGGUCUUAUUCAGACAUGUGGUUUAGUCAACGUAAAGCUAAAAUGGGUAAAAGACAAGGAACUCGAUGCCGUCGUGGCUCGCGAGAAACAUCUCAAAGCAGUCUGCAACCUCGUUUCGAUCAUCUCGUCUUCACACGAUUCGAAAGCACCGAUCUUUCACCUCAACACUCACCGAGGCCAGCUCGGUCUGCCUCAAGAGCUAAAGCUCGCGGCUUUCAUAAGGAGAUACCCCAACAUCUUCGUGGAGCAUUGUUGUCGUGAUGGCGCAGGCACUCGCGUUCCUUGCUUCGGUUUAACCCCCGAGGCGAUAGAGCUUUACAGUGAAGAGGUUAACGUCUUGCGGGUGAAUGAAGAGGAUGUUUUGUCGAGGCUGUGUAAGCUUCUUAUGCUCACGAGCGAAAGAACGCUUCCUCUGCAUUCCGUUGGUCAUCUCAGAUGGGAUUUGGGUUUGCCGUAUGAUUACAAAGCUUCGUUGGUUCGUAACCACCAGGAGUUGUUCUGUUUGGUUGAGUUGUCUAGUGAUCUCGUCGGUUUGAAGUUGUUACAUUGGGAUGAACGUCUCGCUGUUUCACAACACAUGAGGAGUGAUGAUAUGGCCUUCCCGGUUAAGUUUACGAGAGGGUUUGGGUUAAAGAGGAAGAGCAUGGAGUGGCUGCAAGAGUGGCAGAGACUCCCUUACACGUCGCCUUACGUCGACGCGUCUCAUCUGGAUCCGAGGACUGAUUUGUCGGAGAAGAGGAACGUUGGAGUGUUUCACGAGCUUCUUCAUCUGACGAUUGGGAAGAAGAUGGAGAGGAAAAACGUGAGCAAUCUCCGUAAGCCGUUUGGGCUUCCGCAGAAGUUUACGAAAGUGUUUGAGCGCCACCCUGGGAUUUUCUAUAUCUCUAUGAAGUGUGAUACGCAGACGGUGAUCCUUAGAGAAGGUUAUGAUAGGCGUCAGCUUGUUGAAAGGCAUCCUCUUGUUGACAUUAGGGAGAAGUUUGCGAAUAUGAUGAGUGAAGGGCGUCUUGAUAGAAGUAGAGGGAUGUAUCGGAAGUCUGUUGAGGAUGAUUUGGGGAAGAAGAGUGGGAAGAUUGUUUAUCCGGAUUGGUCUGAAGGAGAGGAAGAAGAAGAGUCAGAAAAUUAUCGGAUAUCCAGAUAUGACUCUGAUUGUCCUGUAGUUGAAGACAGUGAUAUGGUGCCGGCCGGUCAGAGACCGAGGUGGCAGUAGUAAGAUGGAUUGCUAGAGUGAAACCAAACAGGACAUGGGGAGUGAGUGUGAAAGAAGACCACAUUCUGUAUCUGACUCAACUUAAUCAAUCUGAGCUUUAGGAGCAUCCAGUGGGGGUUCUCAUUUAAAUCAUUUCAACUGAAUCUGGUCUUGCUUUUGCCCUGUGAAUGGCAUUCCCGUCGCAAACCAUAUAAAAGUAAAUCUCAUUCGAUGGAACGCUACAGACAUAGGAGAAAGCUGCUUUAUUGUUGCCGGUUCUCUAAAAGUGCAGCGCAAUUAGGACCUAGCAUUGUAGAAGGAAGAAUGGUAAAUUACUUAGGACUUGUUAUGUUUGACUGUCUGAAGCGAGCACGCAUCUUUAGUCUAUCUGAGUCGUGGCAUUGUGUUUUCCUGAAGACAGGUUAUUGGUUUGAACUUUGAAGUAUAUACAUUGGAUCUUUCACUGUGAGGUUAGUCCAUAUUAUCAUUUGACUCUGUCUACAACAUAGAAGAAAGUCCAAGACUUUGUUAUAUUACAUUUGAGAAUUAGUUCAACCAUUCUAGUUUAUACAUAUUAAUGAAA